UAGACAUGUUAGUUUGUAAUAUUAAUUUUUAAUUAUUUCAUUUUAGAUUAUUUAGUGUCCAUUGAAUAUUGAGAAACGCUCUUUUUAAAUUCGACAGUAUCCGUUUAGCCGUUCAUUUUCUCCGUUCCUUCUUUUCAUAUUGUUUCUUGUACAGCUGUAGUGGAUUGCGUUUUUAUCUUUUUCUAACCUUGAUCAAUAUGAUUCUCAUCCUACUGUUCAUCGGCCUAGGAUGCAUCUCAGGAUUUGAAAUAGCUGGACUGGAUCCUGACUGUUGCAAAGUUAUCCUGCUCCAGGUCCCGGAAUCCACUUAUAAAAUAAGAACGGAGAGGUUUGGAGUUUACAAUAUAUCCGGUGAGCUAAACAAUAGGCCUGUAUACAAACAUGUUAGUGAGGAGAAAUAUGUUUAUUACUGGGCUUUUGAGAAAACAAAUAGGUGGGUAGGAGGGUACAACCCAACCUCACCACUUCAUUAUCUAGAGGCAGGGAGGGAUAAUACUGGACCAUGCUUCGAACCUCAGAAAUCUGAACCAUUCAAGAUAUGGAACGGAGAAAAGUGGAUAAAAGAUGAAACUAUAAAAGUGUCUUGUAUAGAGGAGAAAUAUAAAAGGUUCCCGGAGAUAGAUCCUGGAUUUACUUCCAAGAGUAAUUUUAAUCAAGAGUUUGUUCUCCCAGUAUCUCCGACUGUGCCUGAACCUUCUCCGAUAUUAAUCAGUAAUCCUAGCCUGUCUCCAAUCAGUCCAUUAAUCCCAACGGAUUUAGCUCCAGUAUCCCUAACUAAACCUGGAGACUGUUGUGCUGAACUAUUGGUAUCUAGCUCCGGACACGGGGUAGAGUUUCAACCAGGAAAACUAGGUGUGUACAGGUGGGGUGGAGAGAAACCAUCAAUGAACCAGUUUCCAGUUUACUACGGAGACAAUAGUCAGAUCCUGUAUUUAUGGGAUUGGGGUCCAGGACAGGGGAUGAAUUGGUUUAUUGGAUCAGAGCUGGGUCCAGCUCGAGGAGUCGAAUCUCCGAAUCUAGAGAAGGUUAAAGACAGGUGUCCUGAGAAGAUUAACAAGAGUCAGAUUCCAUUCCAGGUUUAUACUCAAGCCCGUCCCUCCUCUCUUCUCUCCAGGGUUACAGGAUGGCAACCUGACCCUGCACUCAGAGUUGAAUGUUUCCAGACAGCUAGAAACAGUUCCUGCUGUGACAGGUUGGAGCUGAUAUCGGAGCAAGGGAAAAUCUGGCAACCUGAAAAACUUGGAAUCUACAGGAACCAAUCAAGCUGUUGUUUAUAAAAGAAUUGAGUCUUUGCA